AUGUCAGGAAUACCAAUCUAUACGCAGAGUCCCCUGAAUGCCCCCUCAAAGGCUUCUGGGGUAACGCCACAGACAGCUGCUCCCAAUGUAGAGGCUUCACCUGUUGCUCCCCAAUAUGUGCCCGCCACGACAACGUCAAUACCUACAUCUUCUUAUCCUCCAGCAAGACCCGGCGCUGCUGCUUUCCCUGCGCCUACUGGAACAGCAGCACAACGAUAUGCACCUUUGCAACCAACCAAGACAACUUCAAGUGAGGCCGAGAGACCUCCACCGCCACAGCCAGGCGCCGCACCUAUUCCAUCAAGUAGGAAUGUUCCUCCUCCCAAGGACGGCGAAACCUUCCGUCCAGAACAAACAUCUGCUCCCCAGCCACCUACCUCGAGGCCAUUACCCUCACAGAUGAGCAUCCCACCACCUAGUUCGGCUUUUGGAGGACCACCCCCGACGUCGUCCACAGCUACCUCAAACACUCCAUCGUCAUCGUACCCUGUUCAGAUUCCGUCCACUGAAUCCGGAGGGCCUCGAAGAAGUCUCGAGCACCCGCCGGGAUAUCACCAGAAUGUCUAUGCUUCAGAUCAAACGAGCGAGCAGAGAAGGGCACAGGAGACCAUUAAUGCAUCAUCAGCCUUAGGUGGACGGGAAUCUACCGAGAAUUUUGGUGCGAUGGAUUCGGGAAGCAUAUGGAACACCGCGAAGAAAUGGACACAGCAGGCCGGAGAGAAGAUUUCAGAAGCGGAAGCCGAAGUAUGGCGCAAGAUCAACAAGGGUUAG